GCACGCAUGGUCUCGCGAGAGUGGGAACCAAGCGUCACAUAAAAGCGUUCCCCGGUCCACGUAACACCUUUUCGCCAGAUCGCCGCCGCAACCUGCAGUGCCGCCAUCAUGGACACGAGUCGCGUGCAGCCCAUCAAGCUCGCCCGGGUUACCAAGGUGCUGGGCAGAACCGGCUCGCAGGGACAGUGCACGCAGGUGCGUGUGGAAUUUAUGGAUGACACAAGCCGCUCCAUCAUCCGCAAUGUGAAAGGCCCUGUGCGUGAAGGGGAUGUGCUCACCCUUUUGGAGUCAGAGAGAGAGGCUCGGAGAUUGCGCUGAAUAUGUUGUGUCCUGGAUCCACCAUUUGGCCCUCAAGAUGACCUGCAAUGUCAAAUAAAGCAUUUGUAUUGUUAACUUGA